AUCUGCUUAUUACUGACAUUAAUUUUAUUAAAUGUAUAAAACUGCUCCAUUUUUUAAAACUUCUUUUUGCUUUAAAAACUUCAACUGAUUAAUGUUUAUAAUUAUCUUUAUAAAAAUCUGUCGUCUCUUAAUGUUCGCUGCUGUUUCUCCAUUUUACACAUAACUACUAUUAAUAUAAAAUAUUCUGGAUUUUAUUCUGAGAAUAACAGUUUAAGUUAUUCUCAGAAGUAAAUUUGUUAAAAUGUGUUCCAAGAUUCUGAUGAACAUGAAAGUUUGCAGAGUUGAUCUCUAAUUUUAACUGUCAGCAUUUUGUUGUUUUACCAGAUUAAUCUGGAUUCUGAUGCUUUUAUAAUCUAAUACUCGCCUCAUGAAAACAUCAACAUCCUAUUUUUAUUUUAUGGCUCUUAUUUUCUGCUAUAUCCACCAUUUUUAUGGAGUCUAUAUUUUGCUGCUGAAUCUUCCUGAUGGCCAGCUCUGGCUGCUGCAGUAACUAUUAUUUUCACUAAAACAUUAAAAUCAGAAAGGUUCAGUGCUGUUUUUCAUCUUUCAGAAACUUUCACUGACUGGAUGAUGAUUUAUGAAUAUUAUAAAGAAAUGCUGUAAACUAGCUGUAAUUCUUUACAGUUAAUUUAAAGCCGUGAAGCUGAACUUGUCGCCGCCAUCCGGCCUGAUGUGUUGCUAAGUAACCCAGCCUGACGCUCUGAUGACGUCAUCACAUCAAGAGGUUUUGUCAGCGUUACGCCCCGCAUCACCUUCAAGCACUCUGCUCCGCCAGCAUUUCAGGGAUAACGGAGGAGUUUCUAUGCUGCAGCUCAUCAGCUCUGCUGGUUCUGCUGGUUCUGGACGGCAUCUUGUCCUCUGGAAGCAGCCAGAGAGAGAAAACCUGGAUGGAUCCAGAGUGCUGCGACUCGCGGAUUGAAACUGCGGCGCCAUGAUUUCCUGCAGCGUCGUCACGGUAACAGCCCAUCAAGAUGUCUCCUCAGAAACGUGCAGAGGUCUCACAUAAAGACCCGUCUGCUGCCGGACGCAGAGGAGCCAUGAAGACGAAGAAAUGUUUCCAUCUGGCUCUUCUGGUGAUGUUGGUCUGCGACGUUCCACCGACUCCUUCCACGUUCAGCUCUUCCUCCUUCAGAGACUUUGUGGUCUCGUCUCCUCAGGAUGCUGACGGCGCCUCCAGCAAGCGCCAUGGGUUCAGGUUUCACUUCCAGCCUCAGACUAAGGAGAUUUCCAGGUCUGGGGAGAUUUUCCACGCCGCCCUGCAGAUCCUGAAAAAUGCAGCAAAGCAGAAAUAUAACAGGAACUUCACAGCAUCAGAGCUUUUGUCACGGAAAAAUCUGGAGCUGCUUGCAGAGCUGUCUCAGUGUCCGACUGGAACGGAUCCAGCCGUCUGUGAAGGAAGUCAUCAUGACAAAUACCGCAGCAUAUCAGGAGUCUGCAACAACAGACAGAAUCCUGACUGGGGCGCCGCCAACACGGCUUUGGUCCGAUGGCUUCCAGCUGAAUAUGAGGACGGAGAGGAGGAACCCAGAGGCUGGGACCCCCAGCGGCUCCAUCACGGAUCCCAGCUUCCCACGCCGCGGCGUGUCAGCAGGGAGGUGGUGAGGACUUCCUGUAAGGGUGCAGAUGCUGCGUACUCCCAGCUGCUGGUGGACUGGGGUCAGUACAUCGACCACGAUGUGACCCUGACGCCGCAGAGCCUCAGCGGAGCCGCUUCCUGGGUGCAGCAGGACUGCCGCUCGUCGUGUGAAAACCUGCAUCCCUGCUUCCCUGUCCAGACUCAGGACUCCCUUUGCAUGCCGUUCCAUCGCUCCACGCCGGCCUGCUGCUCCAGGGCUGGCUCCGGUAUCCUGCGGGCUCUGCAGCGGCAGCAGCUGAACGCCAUCUCGUCCUUCAUUGACGCCUCCCUGGUGUACGGCCACACGCCACAGCUGCAGAGCGACCUCCGCGACCUCUGCGGCCGCAACGGGAAGCUGGCUGUAAACGGGCGCUUCCGGGACCGGCAGGGCAGACCUUACCUGCCUUUUGUAGCGGAGACGCCGUCGGCAUGCGGGCAGGGAGUGGAGUGUUUCCGGGCAGGAGACGGCCGGGUCAACGAGGCCCUGCCUCUGAUCACGCUGCAUACGCUGUGGCUCCGGGAACACAACCGCCUCGCAGAGACCCUGAAGCUCAUCAACCAGCACUGGAGCCCCGAGGCCGUGUUCCAGGAGGCACGCAAGAUCGUUGGUGCCCUGCAUCAGAUAAUAACGAUGAGAGAUUAUAUCCCUAAAAUAAUUGGUGUGGAGUCGUUUGAACGUCACAUCGGGCCCUAUGGCGGGUACGAUCCGACGGUGGACGCCUCGGCCUCCAACGUGUUCGCCACGGCGGCCUUCAGGUUCGGCCAUGGCACCAUUCCUCCGAUCCUCAGAAGGCUGAACGAGAGCUUCCAGGAAGACCCGCGCUUCCCGCACCUGAGACUUCAGCAGGCACUCUUCAGUCCCUGGAGGAUAGUUAAAGAAGGUGGCAUCGAGCCGACCUUGCGGGGCAUGGUUGCCACGGCGGCGGCGGUGACGGCUCCGGACUCCCUCCUUGUGGAGGAGGUAACGGAGUCGCUGCUGGUUCUGGACUCCCAGAAAAACCUGGAUCUGGCUGCCCUGAACCUGCAGAGGGGGCGGGACCACGGACUGCCUGGAUACAACGACUGGAGGGAUUUCUGUGGACUGAAGCGCAUCGUGACGUUGGACGACCUGGCAGAAGUCGUGAGAGAUCGCAGAGUCGCUGAGAAGAUUCUUCAUUUAUACCAACAUCCUGACAACAUCGACGUUUGGCUGGGAGGAUUGGUGGAAAACUUCCUGCCCGGCUCCAGAACCGGCCCGCUGUUCGCCUGCCUGAUCGGAAAGCAAAUGAAGCUUCUGCGUGACGGAGAUCGGUUUUGGUGGGAGGCGGACGGCGUGUUCACCCGGCAGCAGCGGGAGCAGCUGUGGAAAACUUCUCUGUCUCGGAUCAUUUGUGAGAACUCGGACAUCCAGGAGAUUCCUGCGGAUCCCUUCAGGCUGGCUCGGUAUCCGGCCGGCUUCGUUCACUGCAGCGCCGUCCCAGCCCUGAGCCUGGAGGCCUGGAGAGACGAGCCGAGUCUCGACCUGCGACUGUGCGGCCCUCCACGGCCCGUAGACAACGGAGAUUUCCUGUUUUCCUCCAGAUCUGGAAAACUGACGGCUCUGUACAACUGUUUCCAUGGUUUCCAGCUAGAGGGCGCCGCUGAGGCGGUGUGUGAAGGAGGCGUGUGGAGCGCUGACCCGCCUCGCUGCUCAGAAACGCGGCUCGUCGCUCUCAAUGCUGCAGAUCCACAAAAGUUUCUGAACUCAAAACUGAACCAAUAAAAUCUGAUUAU